GUAAUGUGAGAGUGUUUUAUGAUCUGGGUAUGUCCAUUUUUUGUGAAAUUGUUCUAUUUCAUGUAUAUUUUGUUGAUUGAUAUGUUUUAACAUGGAUCUUUGUUUUUACUGGAUGAUAAUGGUCAUACCCUGAUGGUUUGAUUGCCUUUUUUCAGGUCAAUUGUGAUUCCAUGCAUACCAUGAUCCGUUUUCUAUUAUGAAAAACUUGUUUGUAAUUUUAUUUCAUUGAUUCUAAGUAUGAAAUUUAUUUAUUUGGUUUUUGAUCAUGGUCUCUGUAGAGGUUGGAUGUCUCGGUGUUAAUGAUCUUUGAAGUGGGGGUUGUUUCUUUGCCAUUCUAUUUUCUUUGAAAUAGGCACCGUUUUUUUUUUACAGAAUGCUUAAGUAGUUUUAGUUAAAUUUUUGCAGGUGAUAAUGCCGCCCUUUUUUUUCAGUUCUUCAAUCUGAAUUUGUUAUCUUUUGUUUUAAAGAUAAGAGUUAUUUUGCUUUUGGAAAGCAUGGCUCUCGCUGGGGUUCACAAAGAUAGAAGGGAGUUGAGGAUUCAUGAGAGUUUGGAUGAGCUUAGUACUGACUUGGCAGAUUAUAUUGCUGAAUUAUCAGAGGCUUCUGUGAAGGAGAGGGGUGUCUUUGCCAUUGCUUUAUCUGGUGGAUCUAUCAUUGGCUUAAUGGGGAAACUCUGUGAAGCUCCUUAUAACAAGACUGUGGACUGGGCUAAAUGGUAUAUAUUCUGGGCGGAUGAACGUGUGGUAGCAAAAAAUCAUGUCGAGAGCAAUUAUAAGCUUGCAAAGGAUGGUCUUUUAUCAAAGGUGCCGAUAGUCCCUAGUCAUGUGCAUUCGAUUAAUGAUUCGGUGUCAGCAGAGCAGGCUGCUGAUGAUUAUGGGUUUGUCCUUCGACAGUUAGUGAAAAUGAGGGUGGUCAGUGUUUCUGGUAUUUGUGACUGCCCAAAGUUUGACCUUGUCCUUCUUGGAAUGGGCUCCGAUGGUCAUGUUGCUUCCCUAUUCCCUAAGCACUCACUGCUUGAUGAGAAAGAUGAUUGGGUAACUUUUAUCACUGAUUCCCCUAAACCCCCUCCUGAGAGGAUCACAUUUACUUUACCUGUCAUCAAUUCAGCAUCAAAUGUAGCCGUGGUCGUGACAGGUGAAAGCAAAGCAGAGGCUGUACAUUUGACAAUUGAUCAUGUGGGACCUGACCGCCCAGUAUUGCCUUCCCGGAUGGUUCAGCCAACAGAAGGGAAACUGGUUUGGUUUUUGGACAAGGCGGCUGCAUCAAAACUUCAAAGUGUACAAUUUUGCGAGUAGGGUCAAGAUAUUUUUGCCAAAGUGGUUAUGUGUAGUGGUCCUAGUGGGGGAAUUUGAAACAAUUGGUCCUUUUCGUUCCAUUAGUUCUGCGCCUCUUUUGCAUUGGGUUAAAUUCUCCACUUUGGCUUUUCUCCUCCCAUUUAUGUUGUGGUUGGGUAGUGUGAUAAUCCUUUUUGUAACAAGAGAUAAAUAAAUCUGGGGCCUCCAUGAAAAUGGCUUUUUUUUUCCAGGUUCUAAUUUCUUUGAGGAAUGACUGAAGAUAAGAUAUCGCAGUCAGGGAAAGCCAGUCGAUUAGAAUGCAGAAGAGCAGGUCCUCUAUGUUUCAUGAAAUGAAGUGGUUUUUUUUUUUUUUUUUUUUCUUUCUGGGUUUCUCAUAGUUUCAGUCAAAUUUUGUCAAGAAUGCUACUCUUCUAUAUGAUCAAUGAGAUGUCAAUGUUGUUUAUA